UCAUAAACCUCCCCGUUUCGUUUCUGUCCCUCGUCGCCUUCGCCACUUCGCCGCCGCUCUGACUCCACCAAGUCCGCCUCCGGCAUCAGCCAUGGCGCCAGCCUCCGCGCGCCUGCUCGCCGCGGCCGUCACGGCCGGGCACCGGCGCGUCGCGUUGAGGCGCGUCCAAGUCCGGGCCCCGGUGUCCGCCUCGCUCUCCUUCCCGCCGCGCCACCCGGCGCCAUUCCGCGGCCGGGCGAGCCUCGCCUGCCCCGCCGCGGCCUCGCUCUCCGUCCCCUCUGGCGGCUCGCCGCCGGCCUCCGUGCCAUUCGAUCUCCUGCCGCCCGACUCCGACCCCUUCAUCGAGUGGGACCCACCCCCGGGCGACUCCGCGGACUCGCCGCUCGCCGCCGCCGGCGGCGCCGCGGGGGGCACCACGCUGGUCGUGCUGCUCGGGUGGCUCGGCGCGCGCCAGAAGCACCUGCGCCGCUACGCCGACCUCUACCGCGAGCGAGGGGUCGGCGCAGUGCGGUUCGUCGUGCCCGUGCGCGAGCUCGUCGGCCUUGACCUCGGGCGCCGCGUCGAGCUCAGGGUCGCCGAUCUCUCCGAGGAGAUCGCUGCAUGGUGCGACGCCGACCGCCGCCGCACGCUCCUCUUCCACACCUUCAGCAACACCGGAUGGCUCGCCUAUGGUGCUGUAUUGGAGAAUCUACAAUCAAGAGCUGACCUAACUGAGAGAAUAAGAGGAUGUAUUGUAGACUCUGCACCAGUUCUAGAGAUAAGACCAGAGGUCUGGGCAGCUGGGUUCUCUGCUGCAAUGUUAAAGAAAAGUAGUUCCACGACAGGACCUACAGCUGAAUCUCUUGAUGGACCUAUUGUAAAUGGCACCUUGAACAAAGUUACCUCUAAUGUGACGCAACCUUCAUGGGGUGAAUGCUUUCUUCUGUCAACUCUGCAGAAGUUCUUUGAGAUUGUUCUUUAUGUACCUGAUGUAAACAAGCGACUGCGCAGGACUCUCUCGGUUCUUUCAGAGAAACAGCCUUCCUGCCCCCAGUUCUACCUGUACAGUUCAGCUGAUCGAGUCAUACCAGCAGAGUGUGUGGAGAGCUUCAUGGACUCGCAGAGAAGCCUAGGGCGCAGCGUAUUCGCCCACAACUUUGUCUCGUCGCCCCACGUAGACCACUACCGGAGCUUCCCCCACGUGUACUCCGCCAAGAUCGACGAGUUCCUCAAGAUCUGCUCCACGAUCAAAGUAUCAUGACCAACCUUCGAUCCGACUAACAAGCAGCCCUGUCGAGCAGCUAUCUGAAUUGAUUUGGUUUGGUGUGUUCUCAGAGCAUAGCCGCAGCUACAACACCCUGAUGAGAGUUACCUGCUGUUAAUUCGUCGAACACCUUGGUUCUACUCCGCUUAAGUCCUGGAGGUUCCACCGGAUGCACGCAUUGAAAGGAAUAGAUGUUGAGCCAGAAUUUCUGCGCACCCAUUUUUGUUCAUCCUUGUUCUGAGAAUGGAUAGGUAUUUGGUUUCCCCUCUGAAUCUGAUGGUAGGCUCCCAAAGAUGAAAUUGUACCCUAAUUCUUUUUGAACGCGAGCUGUACAAUAUUCGGACGCCUAAAGUUGCUUGCUACGGAGUCCCAUAGCGUCACUCUGAACUCUGAAGUUGUAUUAAGGCAACGUGUGCUUAUGUUCCCAUCAUUAUACCGUGGCUUCACCUUCGUGGGAUGCAAUGCAAUCAUGUGGUGGAGCA